GUGCAGGGAAGCUCGGGCUCUUUCUUCUUUUCUUCUGCUCGCUUGUCAAGGCCCAGGAGGAACCACUUCCAGCAUUUGUGAUUUUUCCCUUUUUAUCUAUUUUUGGAAAAUGGGGGCAAAAAAUUAAAUGUCAACAGCUUACAACGCAGAGUAUGUUUACAGUGAGAGGAAAUCUAGAUGAAUUUCCAUUAACUAGCAAUCAAGCUUUCAUUAGUUUUGGAUUUGUAAUACUUGCAAUCCCUUGCUCAGUGGGUAUGUAAUUUGACCCUGAGCCAUACAGAUUAGGAAGGCGCCAUGUUUGAUUCCUGGGUUUUGUUGAAGCAGCCAGUCUUAGCCAAGGCAGCAGUUGGAGUACUGUGAAAGGCCUUUAAUUUAAAAAGGGGAAAAUAAGUUGAUUUAACUGAGUUCCCCCGUCCAGCUGCUAUCCUAAGCCUGGAAGUGUGUGUGGGCAAGAAAGGAAGACCGGGAAUGGGCCUGGCUGCAAUGGCUGUCGAGUUGAAUAACUGGCCAGCACUUGAUAUCAGUUGUUUACCACUGAUGGACAAGCAGAUUAAAGCUGCUUCACCACUCCCAAUAUUGUGGAUCCAGGGUGAUGUGCCCACGCAGCUGCCUGAGGAAAGUGCACUUCUUUGAAGUAACGUUAGCUGCUUGUUCACAUGAAGCUGCAUCCAGGUUUGGCUCAUUUGUAGCACUGAUUUCUAGGUUAGAGGUUUGAGUCUCACCACGAAUCUGAGCUGACACUUCGCUGUUGUCCAAGUUGUUGUUCUUUGAAUGAGGCAUUAAACUGAGCCAUCCUUUGCCUGUUCGGUGAGACGUUAAAGAUCCCAUGGAAUUGGAAGAAGAACAGGAAGAACUCCUAGUGUCCUGAUCAACGUUCUACCCUCAAGCAAUACCACUAAAAAUUAUCAUUCAUCUUGUAAAAUUUUGCUUGUGUGAAGCGGCUAUUAUGCUUACAUGCCUCAUCAUAAUUCAUUGAAUGUGAAAUGUUUUGACAUGCUUCUGAUGGAUAUGAUCAGAAACUUCUAUGAGGAGGGAGUGGCAGAAUAACAGCUGUCCAAGAGGCACAAAUUGUACAAAGAUCUUCUUCUUUAAGAUCAUUGCAAAGAAAGCGUGACCUUUCAAAAUAUAAAAGUUAUGGAGAGCAAAAAACUUAUUAGUGCAACUGACAUUCAUCACUCGGGAACAUUGUUGAAGUCUCUAAAUGAGCAGCGUGCCCAAGGACUAUUCUGUGACAUUACCAUAAUUGUGGAAGAUCGCAAAUUUCGAGCACAUAAGAAUGUCUUGUCAUCUGCUAGUAGCUACUUCCAUCAGCUUUUCAGUCUCGAUGGGGCUAACAACAUAUACGGACAAGUCCUUGAGUUGAACUUUGUCAGAGCAGAGGUGUUUGCAGAGGUUCUGAAUUUUAUCUACAGCUCCAAAUUGGUGCGAGUGAAUGCUGAACUUGUAAGUGAGUUGAUUCAGUCUGGGCAGGCCCUGGGGCUAAAGUUCCUUGCUGACUUAGGGGAAUCACUUUCAAAGUUAAAAGCAGUAGCACCUGCUACGGACAGUGCUGCUUCUGUGACAGAUUCCAAGGGUGAAGCUCCACAGAAAGUUGCUGCUGAUCCAACAGUGGAACCUGAACGCUUGAUUAUACAUGUUGAAGAAGGAGGCCUGGGACCACGAAUAACUGAUGCUUUCUCUCUGUCUAGUGCAGAGUUUAGGGAUUCUAAAGGUAACAGUCAAGCCUCGGUCAGUGGUGAAGAUUCAGAGGAUAAUGAUGACGUAAUUUUCUGCAGUGAAAUUACACCACCCAAACACCCCUCCAAUAUAGCUAGUAACAGUUUAGUGCAAACAAAUAUUAUUAUUCCCAAUAUACCAGUGAGUUCUGACAACUUAGGGGCUCAAACGAAGCACGUCACUCUGUUGCCAGAGAGAUCUCCGAAAGUUGGGGAUUUCAAAGUCAAAAUCUCUGAUGGUAGCACAGGGAGUGGGCAGAAUACUGUAAUUAACCAGCAAAGCACAAAGAUCGUAAAUACGAAGUACGUUCAAGAUGGCAAACAUCCUGUAACCAUAGUUAAAACAGCUGCCAUUGAUACUUUGUCUAAAGGUUGCAGAGUCUAUGCAAAUAUUGACACAAACCCCAAUACGUAUCACAUUGUGGUACCAAACAAAGACGACCUUGCCAACCGUGAACCCAAACAGAACAAGGAGCCUAGAUCCCCUGAAAAAAAGUUGCUGCUGAUCGGAGACAAGGUAUCUGGCGAUGGAGGCCACUCAAGUUUUCAAAUCAUGCCUGAAAAUUCUGCUAAUCAUCUAAAUAACUCAAGACCUGUGUUCAUCAAUGAUCAGUACUUUCCAGAUGCAAAACGAAUGAAAAGGGAACAAGAUCAUUAUGAGUUAAUUGUAGAUGGACGUGUCUUUUAUGUUUGUAUUGUUUGUAAGCGAUCAUAUGCCUGCCUGACUAGCCUGAGAAGGCACUUCAAUGUUCAUUCCUGGGAGAAGAAAUACCCUUGCCAUUACUGUGAGAAAGUGUUCCCUCUGGCAGAAUAUCGUACUAAGCAUGAAAUUCUCCACACUGGUGAACGGCGAUACCAGUGCUUGACAUGUGGAGAGACCUUCAUCAACUACCAGGUGAUGGCAUCGCACAUUAGGUCAGUUCAUAGCAAAAAGACUGGCAAGAGUGCAGCUGAAGAUGAGACUGUUUCCGAUUCCAAACUUUACCGCUUGCUGCCAUGCAAAACCUUACAGAUCAGGCAAUAUGGAUUCCUGACUGCAAGUGGUUCGGGUGCCAUGGCUGAGAUUAAUGAAGAUGGAAUUGUAUAUCAUGUAGAUGAUGAUGAUGAUGCAGAUGCUCCACAGCAGACCCCGCAGACCAUAGGAGGCAGCAAGCCAACAAGCUGGGAUGAUAUUUUUCCUCAGGAAGGAACCCCUGUUUACAGGUACAAUUCCUUAGAUGGCAAUUCCGAAUUAGAGUUUGUUAUACCAGAGUCCUUCAGAGAACUGGCAUGAAGUCAUUCAGACUAUGAUGGAACUAAGCAUAGCAAGAAAGUGGAUUGUGAUACCUGGUAAACUGCUGAUAGACAGCCAUUGGUGAUAUUAAUGUACUAACUGACCAGUUAAGCAUUCGUGUUUCAGGCAAACAAAAGAUUCAGUGGCUGGACCAUUGUAUGGCUAACUUACAAUCUUUUUUAAAAGUGUUUCUGUCAAACGUAAUGAUGUCGGUGUAGUAUACAUCAUGAAUGUGAAACAGAAUCUAGUCAUGGUUUUGAACUAAGAUGCGGUUUCUACAGAGGUUUCAUCGGAAGUGGCCAGAAGUUAAUGGGCAUUUAUAUCUGAAGUACAUUGAAAGAGUUUUCAAUUUCUUUAGUCUUUACUGAUCAAACAGCCAUUACCCAGAAGUCUAUUUUUUGCAUAUUUCUGUGCAGAUAACUGAAUUUGUAGAAUUUUAUGUGUUAGCACUUUUCAUUUUACAUUGUAGAGCUGGGGUAAAAGGCUGCUGUUGAUUUUUUUCUGGCAAACUCUUAAAAAAUCAUCUUCCUACAAGUAGCAAAUCACUUUACUCUCCACUAUAUAACACACUUUAUUAAUCACUCAGUCCUUCCUAAACUGACACCUCACUACCUUUAAAACAUGAUGUCUCAAAGGUCACUGGAGAGCGAUCAAAAGUAUGAGAGUGUUGUGUUUAACUUCGGCAGCAGUGUCAUUAAACAAAACUUUACAAUGGUAGAAAGCUUAGUUCCAGCCACUAUUGUUAGUGAUGGACAGGUGCAAAUGCUGGUGCAAGUAGCUCUGGUGCUAACACCAUGGAAGGGAAAGGUUAAUGAUAACAGGUUCACGUCCAUAUUAGACAACCAUAGUUCAACCCAGAAAGCCCAUAUUCCUUUCUCCCAUGAUCAUUUGUCUUGCAGUAUUAAUCAAUCUUUCACAACUUUAUAGUAAUAAUGUAUCCAUUUGAAUUAAAACAAAAUAUUAAAAAUGUGCCUAAUUAAGCUAGAUUUAAUACAUAUAGAGUGAAUAAUGAGAAGAGAUGGGUUAGGAAAAAUUAUCUAACCCAUGAGCCUGUUGUGUAGUCCACCAUGAAAGGUGAAUUAUUUUGAAUGACCCAAUACCAAGCAGACUUCUCACUGGCCAUUGUCUUGAUAUUUGUUGUAUUGAUUAUAUCUAUUAAGCUAGAUGCUAAUGCAGUACUUUGGGAUGAAAGCUUUUAAAUCUAACAGUUCGAAAAUUGAACUGUUCUUUACAAUAUCUGGCUUACCUGAGAUAUGCAUGUUAAGCGAUAUUUUCUUGCCAGAUUCCAAUUUUUCAAAUAUUAUUCCUGUUUGUUUUUCUACUGUGAAGUUGGUAGCCUGUAUGAUUUUAAAAAAAGCAAUAUCCUGCUUUCCAUUUUCAAAGUGGAAUAGCAUCUUAAUUGUCAUUUUCGUAAAUGCUUAGGGACUUAAUUUAUCGUUUUGUAGCUCCAAUGAUUGUACUGCUAGAGUAAGUUUUGGGCACACAGCCACUCAGAAGGCUGGGGAUUGCAAGGUUUUAUUAGUGAGGUGGUUGAUGCAGCUUAAUGAUGCCUUUUCAUCCAAAAUGCUUUUCAGAUUUUUUUUAAUAUUCCUAACUAAAAAAAUAUUCGAUUGAGAAUAUUUUAUUGGCCUAAACACCCCACAGUUGUGGUGUACGUCUUUAACCUGGUCUAUCAUUACCUUGGUAUACAUUAUUAAAAGCAAAAAAAAUAAAAAUUUGCUUUCACAUUAAGUACUGUUGGCUUACAAUAUUGGAAAUGUGUUUUGUAGAAAACUUCUGUUUAGUACCUAUUCAGGAGUAAACUCUUAGCAAAAUGAUUUUUUUUGUAAAUGCUUCACUGUACGGAUCAACAUUGUACAUAUGCUUCACUUUGGGCAAAGAAACAUGGUCCCAUAAGUCUUCUGAAAUGUAGAAGAGUAAUUAAACAUGUAAAAGGAAUAGCCUAUCAUUUUGUUUGUAACAGUUUUGCAUGCAUAGAUUAGAACAAAACUGCAGAAUAGAAAAUCUUUUUACACUUGCAUUACAAUAAUUUUUUUCUAAUUACCUGCAGAUUGGAAAAAUUAUGUUGGUCUAUAUAAUACUGUUAUGUCCUAUUGUGCAAGCAAGAUUAAUGCUUUUGUACCAGUGAAAAUAAUAAAACUACUAAUAUGUAAAUAUAGUUGUAACAAAGCUUCUUCCUUAGUAUAGGUUAUUGUUAAGUCACUUUUCUAGUUUCUUUAAUUUUGAGCCUUAGAAUGUAAGUUUAUUUAUUGUAUUUGCUCUUUUGAUGAUAAAAAUAAAACUUUCAGAACAUA